UAAUAUAAAUAGGAUCAGUUCUUUUCUUUUUAAUUUCGUGAUUAUUACCUAUUGCUUCAUUCUAAAAUAAUGUCUACUCCAGCUCUCUUUUCUCCUAUCAAGAUUGGUAAAAAUCAACUCGAACAUCGUGUUGUGCUUGCACCUUUAACUCGUUUCAGAGCUGAUGAAAAUGCCGUACCUACUGAUCUCCAAGUCGAAUACUAUGCUCAACGUGCCACAAAGGGUGGUCUUUUAAUUACUGAAGCUACUUUCAUCACUCACAAAGCCGGUUCUUACCCUCACGCCCCUGGUAUUUACUCACAAGAUCAAAUUGCUGGCUGGAAAAAGGUGACCGAUGCUGUUCAUGCCAAGGGCGGUGUUAUUUAUCUUCAACUCUGGCACAUUGGUCGUGCUGCUAUGUCUGCUCACAUUGGUGAACAACCUGUCUCUUCUUCCGAUAUUGCCAUUACAGGUGUUAACCUUUUAGGUCUUCCUCAAGAAAAACCUCGUGCUCUUUCUAUCCCCGAGAUGAAGGAUCUUCUUCAAGAUUACCGUCAAGCUGCUUUAAAUGCCAUCGAGGCUGGCUUUGACGGUGUAGAGAUCCAUUCUGCUAAUGGUUAUCUCCUUGAUCAAUUCAUCAACACUUCUUGUAACAACCGUACUGAUAUCUACGGUGGUUCUAUCGAAAACAGAUGUCGUUUCCCAUUGGAAGUUGUUGAUACUGUUGUUGAAGCUGUAGGUGCUGAACGUACCGCUAUUCGUUUCUCUCCUUGGUCUGAAUUCCAAGACAUGAAGGAUGAUACACCUUAUGAGACUUGGGGUUACUUGUGUAAAUCUCUUCAAGAGAAGCACAGUGAUUUGGCUUUUGUUGAUUUCAUCGAGCCUCGUGCUGAUUUCUGUGUCGAUGACUAUACCAAGCAAGCUGAUACUCUCGAACCUUUCCGUCAAACCUGGAAGGGUCCCAUGAUCUCUGCCGGUGGAUUUACUUUCAAUACCGAAAGAGCCUUUGAGGUUGCUGAAAAGACUGGUAACAUGAUUGGUUUCGGUCGUCUCUUCAUCGCUAACCCUGAUCUCGUUGAGCGUCUUCGUAACGGCUGGCCAUUAAACAAGUAUAACCGUGAUACCUUUUACACCAACUCCGCUGAAGGUUAUACCGAUUAUCCCUUCUACAAGAACUAAUCUUUUUCACAAACGCAACCUAGACAUUCCAUUUUAAUAUUAUAUUGUAAAUAAAAUAUUUUUUUUUUCGCAAU